AUGGAUAAUAAGAAUGUGGUUCCAUACAAUGCAUAUCUACUGAUGUUUUAUCAAGCACUUGUUAAUGUAGAAUACAGCAACAAGUCAAAUGUUAUCAAAUAUUUAUUCAAGUAUGUGAAUAAAGGUCUAGACAGGGUAGCAGUAGGAGUUUCAAAGGAAACUUCCAGUGGAGAGGAUGCUCAGAGAUGGUCUUUAGUGACGAGAUUAACCUUUUAUUUUCCUGGAGAGCAAAAUAUCAUCUUUAAAAAUGAUGGCGAUCUUGAGAAAAUCGUGGAAGAAGAGGAAGAAAAAUGUACGAUGUUCUUAGCAUGGACGGAGGCCAACAAAGAAUUUGAAGCAGGUCAAACUUUGACAGCGGUUGCACAUGAUAUGAUUCUAUUAGGACAGUUAAUGGGAUUACAUUCUAACUUCCAAGAUGCUUGCUAUUCCAUCGGACUACUGUGUGACGAUAGGGAAUUCUUUGCAGCUAUUAAUGAGGUAGCUGAACUUAUAUCUGGUCAUCAAUUGAGAAAAAUAUUUGUGUUGCUACUGAUAUCUAAUAGCGUUAGUAAACCAGAUCGUGUUUGGAAUGCAACUUGGACAUUAUUAGCUGACGAAAUACUAUACGAGAGGAGAAAAGCAUUGAAAAAUCAAGGACUAAACAUGACUGAUGACGAAUUAAAAAACCUCUGCCUUAUUGAGAUUGAGAAGAUACUCAACAGCAAUGCGAGGUCUUUAAGAAACUAUCAAUCAAUGCCAUAUCCUGAGUUGUCUGAUGUUCGUUUUUUACAGAAUAAGCUAAUAGAGGAAGAGUUAGCAUAUGACACAAAUGAGUUGACUAAUACAAACUUAUAUAAGAAACAAAAGAUGACGGAUAAGCAAAGAUUAGUAUUCACUGAGAUACUCAAUGCUGUUAUUAUAGACUCUGGUGGUUUUUACUUCGUUUAUGGGCAUAGUGGGUGUGGUAAGACAUUUAUUUGGAAUGGACUUUCUUCUACUAUUCGAUCUAGAGGAAAUAUUGUUUUAAAUGUCACAUCCAGUAGAAUUGUGUCUUUACUCCUGCCUACUGGUAGAACGGCUCAUUCUAGGUUUUCAAUACCCAUUACAAUUACUGAUGAAUAUACUUACAAAAUCAAGCAUGGCAGUUUGAAGGCUGGGCUGCUCAUCCAAAGUAGCUUAAUAAUUUGGUAUGAAGCUCGAAUGUUCAAUAAAAUAUGCUUUGAUGCACUUGAUCGAAUGCUCAGGGAUCUUAUGUCAGCCGACCAACAUAAGACACAUCAACCAUUUGGUGAUAAGGUUGUGGUUCUAGGAGGUGAUUUCAGACAGAUACUUUCGGUGAUUCCGAAAGAGUCUAGACACGAUAUAUUGUCAUUAGCUAUCAACUCAUCCCAUUUGUGGUCGUUUUGUAAGGUUCUAAAGCUGCAUACGAACAUGAGGCUUCUAAUGUCUUAUUCAGAUCAACAUGGUGAAAUAUUAGUUAGUGAUGAGUUAGAAGUUGAAAUUCCAAAUGAUCUGAUGAUUACAACUGUUGAUGACCCUCUCUUUCAUUUGGAAGAUUUUGCAUAUCCAGAUUUGUUACAAAACAUGUCAGAUUACGGGUAUUUUCAGAGUAGGACAAUUCUUACACCCACGCUUGAGAGUGUCGAGAAUGUAAAAUGA